AUGGCCAAAUUAUUGGUAAAGUUCCAGCGUUAUUUUCGUCGGAAACCCGUUCGCUUCUUCACCUUGAUUGCUCUCUACCUGACGGCAGGGAGCCUGGUGUUCCUGCACUCUGGGUUUACGGGGGAGCCGACCGUCUCCGAGAAUGAGCCCAACCCUAUAGAAGGCACCAGCGAAAGGACAGAACUUCAGGACCUCGGGGUGCUUCAGCUCAACCGGGGAUUCAAGGAGGCGCCGGAGUCUCUGAACCCUGCCAGGAGAUUCGGGCCUUGGUUCAAGAGCACGUCCAAAGAUACCGCUGAGAGAAGCAAGGUGGGGGAUUAUGGUGGGACCUGGAGCCGGGCUCUCAAAGGCAGAAACGUGCGAGAGAAAGAAGAGGACAGAGCAAAAUACAUUGGCUGCUACGUGGACAACACUCACCAACGCGCCCUGCGUGGCGUGUCCUUCUUCGACUACAAGAAGAUGACAGUGUUUCGUUGCCAGGACAACUGCGCUGAACGGGGCUACCUGUAUGCAGGGCUGGAGUUCGGGGCCGAAUGCUACUGCGGACACAAAAUCCAGGCCGUGAACGUGAGCGAGGCAGAGUGCAGCAUGGAGUGCAAGGGGGAGAAGAGCAACAUCUGCGGAGGUGUGAACCGGCUGUCCAUCUACCGGCUGGAGCUGGCUCAGGAGUCCGCCCGGAGAUAUGGCAGCGCGAUCUUCCGCGGAUGCUUCCACAGGCCGGACAACAUCUCCAUAGCUUUGCCUGUGAGCCAGGUGAUGCUCAACAUGUCGGUAGACAAGUGCGUGGACUUCUGCACUGAAAAGGAAUACCCGCUGUCGGGCCUCGCGGGGACCUCCUGCCACUGCGGCUUCCCCACCACACUCUUCACCCUGCACGAGCGCGAGGAUGAGCAGCUGUGCGCGCAGAAGUGCACUGGCGAGGAUUUUGAGAGCUGCGGGACUGCCGAGUACUUCAUCGUCUACCAGACACAAGUGCAAGACAACCGCUGUAUGGAUAGAAGGUUUUUACCCGCUCGAUCCAAACAAUUCAUAGCCUUGGCAAGCUUCCCUGGAGCAGGCAAUACUUGGGCACGCCAUCUCAUCGAGCUGGCGACUGGCUUCUACACUGGGAGCUAUUACUUUGAUGGAUCUCUCUACAACAAAGGGUUCAAAGGCGAGAGAGAUCACUGGCGGAGCGGAAGGACCAUCUGCAUCAAAACCCAUGAGAGCGGCCAGAAGGAAAUCGAGUCCUUUGACUCGGCCAUCCUGCUCAUCCGCAACCCCUACAAGGCCCUGAUGGCGGAGUUCAAUCGCAAGUACGGUGGGCACAUCGGCUUCGCUUCCCACGCCCACUGGAAAGGCAAAGAAUGGCCCGAGUUUGUCAAGAACUACGCUCCCUGGUGGGCCACACACACCCUGGACUGGCUGAAGUACGGCAAAAAUGUCCUGGUGGUGCACUUUGAGGACCUGAAGCGGGAUCUCUUCGUCCAGCUGAAGAGGAUGGUCAGCCUCUUGGGCAUCAUGGUCUUUGAAGACCGGCUCUUGUGCGUCGAGAGUCAGAAGGACGGGAACUUUAAGCGCUCUGGGCUGAGGAAGUUGGAGUACGACCCCUACACCCCCGAGAUGAGGAAAAUGAUCAGCAAGUACAUUAAAACUGUGGACACGGCUCUGAAAGUCAGAAACCUCUCAGGAGUCCCAGAUGAUUAUUAUCCAAGAUGAUGACAAUGACAGUUGGGGGGGAAAGGACUCUUACCCGAACCAGAAAGGCUUGGUUUUCCCAGCCAGUACCUACUUCCACCCAGUGGGUGGCUUUCUUUUGAUUAUCCAUCUGCUGCUAUUAGCUGUUAAUCAACUCCAUGCAUGAGACCAGAGCGGUCACGAGUCAUUGCUGAGAAGACGCCUCGGCAAACACAUCGACGUGACUAAGCUCUUUGGGACCUGCGGCAUUGCGAGCCCGCGCUUGUGACAUGAAAACCUUCACCAUUGCCGUCUCUGACGUCUUCUCUUUCUUGCCGAGUGGGGUGCGCUUUCUUUUUUCUGUUUUACGCCAGACUCUACCAAGGAUGGAAUAAGGCCUAGAAAUGGCAGACGGGAGGAACAGCCCGUGAUUCUUUGUGGGAGGGUGGGGAAGGAAGGGUGACAUGGGGCUGAAUGGGGAUGUGGUGUUUCAAACUCAGAUCUGAUGUCAUUUCAGCUGGUGCAUCCCUUCCCAAUAAUAUAACUAUUUAUUUAUAACCUUCUUAGGGUCCUGGGUGGUGGUGGUGGGGCCAUAUUUGUAGCUGACAUUAAGAGCAAAGCUUAUUCUGUGUUUGCUGGGCCUCAUGCAGCUCUCAGGGCUCACUUCAGCAGGGCACCUUGGCAUAGACUUUGCUGCCCCAACAUGAACUUAGGUUUUUCACAGGCCAAGUGACCUGACCACGGAGUUAUAGCAGAGGGAGGCCUCUGAGUCUACCACAGGAAAUGUCCCCCAUUUGACAAAAUAAUUAAAUAUUCCUUAGGCUAAAGAGAGAGAGCAAGGGGCCGAGGCUGCCUCUACAGCCUAGCAGUCAAGGCCUGAAGGUGGGGUGCAGGGCUCCCAGUUCAAGUCCUUGUUCCUCCUCCUGCCCGCAGCCGCGUGCUCCCCUGCAAUGUCCUCCUUCAAUGUUGCCUCCAUCAGGAGAGCAAGGCCAGCCAGGGGCAGGAUCCUGCCCUGGGUGCAAACAGUCCUGUCAUGAGUCCCGGAUAGCACCGUUACUGUUAGACAGAUACUUGCUGCUUCAUAAGCACAAGGUCAUCGCACAACGGGUCCACUUUCCCUCCCCACUGCAUCUGGCUGCCUUGUCCGGCAUGCCCAGGUCUCAUGAUAGGGAUGACCCUGCAUCAGGCAGGGGGUUGGAUAUCCCCGUGGAAGUCCCCUCUGCCCCUACUUCUAUAUGAAGUGCAGGGGCCACAUAAACACCAGGUUGUCAGGCACAUUAGCCCAUUUGACAGGCUUUUUUUCCCCUGUCAAUUGGAAUGGAAAUGAAUAAAAGGGGCAAAUGAACCAAAGGGAGGGUGACCUUCUCAGCUGCUGGUCUCCUAAGCUUGCGAGCCACAAACACCAGGGGAAGACCAUCAUCACUGCACCCACCUGUGGAGGAGUUCAACUCAUUGCUCCUAAGGCCAGCUCCUAAGACCCCUGGGCAGGUUGUCUCUCAGCCUGGAGCUAGCUGGACGUUAGGGUUUGCAAAGUCUAGAAGUGGAUCUGGAUUCAAAGUUCUGUGGAGAGGGAAAGCGCAGAUCCGCUUGUCUGGUGCAGGCAGAUCUGGGCUCGACCUGCUGCAGUUCUCAGGCUGGAUCAAGCACCCCAUUGGAGUAACAGCAGAAAGGAUGGAGCCCUUAGCUGAUUAGAAUGGGAAAUCUCCCAGUUGAAGAGUACGCUAUACCAUCAUGGCCCUUAAUGAGCCCUUGGUCUACAGGGAGGCACCAAGAAGGUUUUGAGAGAAGACAGGUUAGUGUAGCACGUCCCCCAAUCCCGACAGAGCCUGAUUUGCCAGGGAGACUUGUGAAGUCAACCUCGGAAAUCCUUUGACGGGAGGGGGGUCUGUUUUUCCACGAGGACAUUUCUCUGUCAGCUGCCACCAAGGCCCAUAUUCAGGGGACACAGAGGGCUUGAGGAGUUUUGAGGCCGAGCAUGCUUAGAUGGCUACAACCAGGAGCCAGUGGCUGGAGCUGGACACCACUCAGAAGCAUUUCCCAAGUCCUGCCUACAUGGCGCUGUUCGCUCAGAUGCGUGCAUGUGUACAUCCGAAGGGAGCACCACCCCCAUUACUGACCCCCCCCACCACCCCAGAAUUUGGGUUGCCAAAAGGCAGCAACAAAAACCAAAGGACCUCUGUGCAUUUAGGUCAGGCACCGUUUUGCAAAGACGCCUUUCUGAAGAGCUGCAUGCGGCUCCACAGCAAAGUCCAAACCCCGAGCUGAGCUUACAAUUCAUUUCCAAAUGCUUUGCUGCCCUCAACGUUCCCCACCCUUCCUACAUAGUUUGAUAGUCCCCUUUGGAUGUAGAUGCAAAAGCCAUAAUACUGUACACAGCCUUUUUCUAUAGUUAGUUAUUAGUUAUUUGACAAUUGGCUUUUAACUCUUGAUAGAAACCUGUGCACAGAGAUACACACACACACAUGUAUGUAUGUAUGUAUGUGUGAGUGUACACACACACACACACACACACACACACACACACACAUCUCUCUCUCUAAAUAUAUAUAUAUAUCUUCACGGAAAGCAAAGAAAACUACAUUGAGAAGAGGAAAAUUUAAAGAAAUAUAUUUUUUUAAACAUGUGAAAGGAAGUGACAUAGCCAAAUGGGGAAAAAUAAUCACAGCAACAGCAGGACCAUGCAGUACAUUUUCCUUUACUUUUAAAUUUCUGCUUUCUUUGGGGGUUUAGGCUUCCUAGGUGCUAAGAGAAGCCUUAGGAUGCAGGCCAGGUCAUCUCUGAAUGUAUUUUGUAAAGAGUAGUGAUAUGUUUUUAAUUCUUUCUUUAGCAAAUCAUAUGAGGGUUUUUGUUUUCCCUAGGAGACCAGAUGAACUCUGUCCCGCUAGAGGAAGUGAUCUGAUUUCCCUUUCUUUAAUUUGUGGCAGUUCCCAGGCUGCUUACCUCUGUCAAAACAAUCCUCAGGUUAAU